AUGUCAACACAUACAUGGAGCUGUCGCCAUGGAACUGUCAGUGAUUUUUUAUCACAAAACGUCAGUUUCGGAUUUAAUCACGCUUGUUUGAGAAUGAAAGGCGUUAGCUGCAAAGUUUUGCUGCUGUCCUUUUUGCUGUUAUUUGUAAAUCCGUGUGUGUCAGAGCGAGUUGAAAACGAAAAGUCGUUGGACCUGCUUGUGAGUGAUGACGACGGAGGGAACGUGAAGUAUAAGGAUAUUACUCCGGCUGAUAAUCAGUUAAAUCAUCAUCAAGAAGAUGGACUCCAUUUACACGACCAACAGAAAGACGGACAGUCCGUCAGCAAGUCCAAUGACACUGAUAACUAUAUCAAUGAGACCCUCCACUCCACAAAACCAACUGUUAAGCCGACAACCCCAGCACCUCCAACUGCUAAGCCCAUUCUUCCUGUGCAGACGGGGGUCAAAGCCCAAGAAGAAGAGCAGUCCAGCGGAUUGACCAUAUUCUUUAGCCUGCUGGUUAUUGGUAUCUGCAUCAUAUUGGUGCACCUGCUUUUUAAGUUCAAGCUGCAUUUUCUUCCAGAGAGUGUUGCUGUCGUGUCGCUUGGCAUUCUCAUGGGAGGCUUCAUCAAGAUCAUUGAAUUUCAGGAAUUGGCCAACUGGAAGGAGGAGGAAAUGUUCCGACCCAACAUGUUCUUCCUUUUGCUCCUGCCGCCCAUCAUCUUUGAAUCUGGAUACUCUUUACAUAAGGGUAACUUCUUCCAGAACAUUGGAUCCAUCACCCUUUUUGCUGUGAUUGGCACGGCCAUCUCUGCCUUCAUAGUCGGAGGAGGUAUUUAUUUCCUGGGGCAGGCCGAUGUAAUCUAUAAGAUGUCCAUGACUGAUAGCUUUGCCUUUGGCUCGUUGAUCUCAGCUGUGGACCCUGUCGCUACCAUCGCCAUCUUUAACGCUCUCAAUGUGGACCCAGUUCUCAACAUGUUGGUGUUUGGUGAGAGCAUCCUCAAUGACGCCGUCUCUAUUGUCCUUACCAACACAGCAGAGGGUUUCUUUUCCCGCUCAGACAACUCAAUGGUAACAGGCUGGGAAACUUUUGUGCAAGCGUUGGGGUAUUUCCUCAAAAUGUUUUUUGGUUCUGCUGCCCUGGGAACCCUCACUGGACUCAUCUCAGCUCUUUUUCUUAAACACUUUGACUUGAGGAAGACACCUUCACUGGAGUUUGGCAUGAUGAUCAUCUUUGCGUACCUUCCCUAUGGCCUGGCAGAGGGCAUCAAACUGUCUGGAAUUAUGUCCAUCCUGUUUGCAGGAAUUGUGAUGUCCCACUACACCCAUCACAACUUGUCUCCUGUCACACAGAUCCUCAUGCAGCAGACCCUGCGCACCAUGGCCUUCAUGUGUGAGACAUGCGUGUUUGCUUUCCUUGGUCUCUCCAUCUUCAGCUUCCCUCAUAACUUUGAAAUAUCUUUCGUCAUCUGGUGCAUUGUCCUUGUUCUUCUCGGCCGUGCCGUGAACAUCUUCCCUCUGUCAUUCUUACUCAACUUUUUCAGAGACCACAAGAUCACACCCAAGAUGAUGUUCAUCAUGUGGUUUAGUGGUUUGCGAGGUGCUAUCCCCUAUGCUUUGAGCCUUCAUUUGGGCCUAGAACCCAUUGAAAAGCGUCAGCUAAUCGGUACCACCACCAUCAUCAUCGUGCUCUUUACCAUCCUCCUCAUGGGGGGCGGGACCAUGCCACUCAUCCGCAUCAUGGACAUUGAGGAGAGCCAGUCACGUCGGAAGAGCAAGAAAGACAUCAAUCUCAGCAAGACACAGAAAAUGGGUAAUACUAUUGAGUCGGAGCACCUAUCGGAGCUGACAGAGGAGGAGUAUGAGGCUCACAUAUAUCAGAGACAGGAUCUUAAGGGCUUUAUGUGGCUUGAUGCGAAGUACCUUAACCCCUUCUUCACUCGGAGGCUCACACAAGAGGACCUUUUACAUGGCCGGAUCCAGAUGAAGACCCUAACCAACAAGUGGUAUGAAGAAGUUCGCCAGGGUCCCUCAGGCUCUGAGGAUGAUGAGGAUGAAGCGGAACUUCUGUGAACUGAAAACAAACACUUUCAGUCCAUAAGAAAACAAUGAACAGGCAUUAUGCGUCCUGGACUGAGGGAGAGUGUGUGUGUGUGUGUGUGUGAGCGAGAGAGAGAGAGAGAGAGAGAGAAAGACAGGGAGAGUGAGAGUGAGAGAAGACAAGCCCUCUUUUCAUUGUCAGUCACAUGCAUUUGUGUGUUCACCUGUCGCUAAGUUUAUGUGACAGAAGAGUCUCAGUCAGUGCAGGCUCUGUUGGUAUGUGUCAAAUCAUAGAGGAACCUCAGAACAACUGGAUGAAGGAAAAACAAAUAUGUGAAAAAUGAUGUUCCUCCAUAUGAAUGCCAUAUUAUUACUACCUAAAGAAAAGAAAAGAACCUUUCCCAUGUGUGUUCAUUUGUAAAUGUUUGAUCUGAAGGGAAGCUGUGAGGGAAAUUUUCUAUGUAAAUCAAUACUAGAGCACCUUUUCACGUUUGUCUUGUUCAUGGCUGUGUGGACUAGUUUUAUUUUGUUUCAGGGGAAUGAUGCAUCAAAAUGUCGCUAAAGGCUCUAUUUUAAAAGUGGAAACUGUAAAGAGCCUUGAACUGUUGAAUUAGAUUUCUCCACAUUGUAUACAUCCCCACUGAUGAUUCAAAGUUAAUGCAUUAAAAACACAUGUACAUAUUUAAUGAAGAUAAAAUACAAAAAGUGAUGCAUGACCUAUCACUCCACCUUCCAGCUACGAGGCAACAAAGAGAUAUUCAGGAGAGUGUUAAAACUAGUGAAACAUGCGGGGCAAAACUUCUAACUUUCAAAACAUUAAACACCUAGCUUACAGGUGAGUAAUAACGGUCCAGAAAAUUGGGAAUUGCUUUUAUCUCUGAGAAUGUCUACGGUUUUGCUCGCAGAAAUGUUUUGUGUUUAUUUUCAUUCCCUGGCCAGGAUCCUGCAACUUCACUGUGUAUAAGAUAGAACUUGGAAAUGUUGCUUUUGUGAUUUUCACUAUGGAUUUUUUAAUGGAAAUAGGCACCAAUGAAUGUGUGGUUAACUGGGAAUAACGUCUGGUGAAUGUCUAUGUAUUUUUUCUAUUUAUUUAUCAAAUGUUUAUGUGCUGUUUUUGGGAUAAAGGCUUUUAUACGAGCUCUAUGAGCACUGUGGGAUUCUAAAGAAAUUCUAUAAUAAAUCAUAUAUAUCCUA